AUGGCGGACGCUCUUUCCAUCGAACAGAAUAACAAAAUUCGAGUCGCCUUGGGCCUCAAGCCACUCCCCGUCCCCGGAGCUGAAGCAGACGACGCCACCGGUCCACAGUUCAAGGACGACGCGAGCGACGCCGACUCCGACGAAGAGCCCGCGAGUACGAUCGAGACCCGACAAGCGCAAGGCUAUGACAACUGGAAGAAACUCCAAGAUGAGGCCGACGCCAAACGGAAACGAGAGGAGAAGAAUGCUGCCAUCAAGAGGGCGCGUGACAUUGCUCAGAGAAAUUUGAAGCUACAAGGCGCCACCCUCGGAGAGUCGGAUGGCGCAGACCUGGAUACCAAGGCAUGGCUGAUGCAGUCUAAGAAACGAUCUAAGAAGAUCGAGAAGGAGCGGGCGCGCAAACUCGCCGAGGAACUGGAGGAGCGUGAGCGCCUUGCGGCCACCGAGUACACUGCCGAAGAUCUGGCUGGUAUUAAGGUCGGACACGCGAUCGGUGAUUUUGAAGGUGGCGAGGAUCACAUUCUCACUCUGAAGGAUGCGGCUGUGGAUGACGAGGAAGAGGGCGAUGAACUUGAAGAUAUCAACCUCGUCGAGAAGGACAAGACCACCGAGAAACUCGAGCUCAAGAAGCGCAAGCCCGUAUACGACCCUACUGCCGAGAACCAAGGGAUCCUUGCCCAAUACGAUGAAGAGAUUGAUGGCAAGAAGCGGAAGAGAUUCACGCUGGAUGCAAAGGGCUCGAACGAGGAAGAAAGGGAGUUCAAGCGGCAAGAGGUCUCGGCAGGCUUGAAGAAGGGCGUUUUCAGUCUUGACCUCGAGCCUGAGAUUCAGACAUCCGAUUAUAUGGACAUCAGUGAAGUCAAGAUUAAGAAGCCUAAAAAGAAGAAGAACAAGACGACAAAGCAACGGGCUGUUAUGGACGACGAGGAUCUUUUUCCUACCGAUACUAAUACACCCAAUGGAACAUCUAUGGACAUCGAUUCUACGAAUGGAGCUUCCGUUACAGCUGCUCGGAAACCCAUCAGCGAAGAGGUCUCCUUUGCGGACGAUGACGAUCUUCAAGCUUCACUUGCACUCCAGCGACGUGCUGCAUUCAGAAAGCGCAAGAAGAUGCGUCCUGAAGACCUUGUCCGCCAACUUCGUGAAGAGGAAUCUCAAACGCCUAUGGAGACCGACACUCCUGAGGAUGGUGCGGAGGAACCCGGUCUUGUUAUUGACGAGACAUCGGAGUUUGUCUCCAAUCUACAGAGACCCACGCUUCCUGAGCGAGAGGAACGCCGAACCGCGACCCCUGCUGCUGAGGCUGCCGCCCGGUCAGAACCAGACGAGGAGCCCGAAGACGUGGACAUGGAGCGGAGCUACAACGACAUCGAGGAUGAGGAAGAUCUCAAAGAACGCCUCAAGCGCGAGGAAUCCAACCAGGCCGCGCAGCAGCUUACCGGCACCGGCUUGGAAGAGGAAUCUACAUUGGAUCAAGGUCUGGGCGCUACACUUUCAAUGCUUCGACAGCGCGGUCUCGUCAAGGAAACCGACAGCAGCAGCUCAAACGCCCUCCUCCGCGAUCGCCAGCGCUUCCUACAGGACAGGCUGAACCGCGAAGCCGACGCCGAGCGCCGUGCCCGCACACAACGUGAACGUGACCGUGCCUCCGGCAAGCUGGAUCGCAUGUCAGCCCGCGAGCGCGAAGAACACGCACGCUGGGAGAACAAACAGCGCGAUCAGCAAGAAGCUCGGCAGAUGGCAGAGAUUUUCAACCGCGAGUACAAGCCCGACGUGCAGCUGAAGUAUACGGAUGAAUACGGACGCUCGAUGAACCAGAAGGAGGCGUUCAAGCAUCUUAGUCACCAGUUCCAUGGCAAGGGGAGUGGCAAGAUGAAGACGGAGAAGAGGCUAAAGAAGAUUGAAGAGGAGAAGAAGCGGGAGGCUAUGUCUGCAUUGGAUAGUAGCCAGCAUACGGGUAUGAAUAAUGCUAUGGGGCAGCAGGCGAGGAAGAAUCGGCAAGCUGGUGUGAGGUUGGGUUGA